AUGCCCGCUACUACGAGAAGCAAGACCAAUCUACAGCAAACCCACCUGGAGGAUUUCGAGAACAAGCCGAAGAAAGAGAAAGCUACCACGUCCAAGUCACGACGCCAGGAUACAUCGAAAUCCAAAGACACCACAGCACGCGCCAAGCGCAAACAACCGGAGCACGAGGAAAAGCCUCAGAAAACUUUCCGGCCGACGAAGAAGCAAAAGGAGACGCACGACGAGGCUUCCAUCAAACCCGAGGAAGGUGUAGAAGACAACAAGCCCGUCAUCAUAAAUCGCGCGCCAGUGUUACAGCUAUGGGCCGCUUGUGUUGCCCAGAAGCUCUACCCCAACCUGUCCUGGAGCACGCAUUUGAGCAUCGGCUCCGCCGUGUCCGCGCUAUGUGCCAUUUCAAAGGGUCGUGCCAUCGGCACGAUUGACCAGCCGAAUGACGAUCCGGACAAGAAAGCCGAGAAGGAAAAGAAGAAGCGGUCCGCUGAGAAGGGAGCCGACGACGAGGUCGACGUCAUGUCCUUCAAGCUCUUGUUGGAGGAUGGCAGUGCGAUCGUUUCUGGGACGCCACAGAAGGCCAACGAGGCGGCUUUGAUUAAAAAGUAUGGAGAAGCCGAGUACGCGAGGACGAAGAAAACGAUGGAGGAAGCAAUUGAUAUGUUCGAGGCCAGGGCUAAGAAAGGCGAGUUGAACAGAACCGCGUUUCACAUGUAUGAGGAGUUUCGUCCGAGCGUGCAGCAUGGGCAGGGCGGAUGGGGUAAGAAGGGAGAACUGAGGUUGGAGAAAAUCAGGGAGCUUGCGGAGAAGCGGUGA